GAUUCACUUCCAAAAGAGAGAAUGAAGUAUCCUUGUAGAUUCUUCAUACAAGGAUAUUGUAAAAAUGGGAGUAAUUGUCCGUUCCUACACCCAGAUAUAACACGAGAUCAACAUGGAAAUGUUCUUAAAACGUUUACGAACGAUUUGACAGGAGCAACAAAUAAUAGAUCAGAAAAUAGAUAUGUAGAAAGAAGAGAUUGGGAGGAAACCAGGAGAUCAGAUAGGAGAAGAUCAGAAAGAACGAACACCAAGCAGGAAUUAACAAGCAGUUACACCCCAAGGAUGGAGGAAAAAGGAAAAUCCUGGGAUAAACCUCACCAAAGCAGUAAAAAUUCUGCAAGUGAAAGGAUGAGCCUAAGAUCGAGAGAAAAACAGAAUACUACAACUAAAGAGAUAACAGUUGUGGAUAAAAUCUCUAACGUAAGAAGAGAAAGCAAUCACGAGAAGAACAAGAGAAAUGCAGUUGAACUCAAUGAUUCAAAGGAGAAGAGAAAAUGCUCUAAAGCGGAGGUCAAAAAUGAGGGUUCAAGGAAUACAAAAGUGAUGAAUACCAGUUUAAUCGAAAGUGAUGACGAAGAGAUGACGAACAUAAACGUAAAAUCAAAGGUGAUAUCAGAACAGAAAUAUUCAUCAUCUGAGAAAGAUUCAGACGACAACUUUCCUAAAACAAACAAAGUAGGACGGAUUUCCUGCGUCUGUCUAUAUAACACAUGGGACCCAGAGAUAAUGAGAUGCGGGACAUGUGGCAACUUCUCACACACAGCAUGCUACGGAGGAAAUGUGGAAAAGGAUCACACAUGCGUUCACUGUGCAUUAACCAUGGGAGUUAACUGCGGGAAUAAGGAAAUACAAGAACACUAUGAUGUUGCAGACAGGAAAGAGAGGACGCACAGCGACAAACAGAAAUUCGUGUUUAAACAAAACAUGAAGCGGGUGUUAAAGUCCAUUCUGAACCAAGAACAUGUUACUUGCCACCCUGAUAAGGUACCCAACAUAGAAUAUCUAAAGAUAAGGUUCGGUUUCUCCACUUCUUAUGCUUCAAAGAUAUCUCUUCACAUGAUAAACGAAGGCCUGAUAAAAUUCUACGGAGGAUUUUCAUUUGACGCCUCAAAGAUCAUUACCAUCCUCGGUAUUGUAGAAGAUGAACUGGAUUCAGAUGAAAUAGAACGAGAAAACAGAGAAAGACAAUUUGAGUUUGGAGCCUGUUACAAUGAUGGACAGUCGGGUAGUAAGCAGGGAAGAAGCUCUCAAAAACAAACAGAGAAAAGAUCACAAAACCUCGAUAAGGUGAUAUGUUCAGUAAAAGAAACCUCAACAAGUACAGGGAAACUAGAUAAAAAGGGAAAAGGACCAGGAAAAGGAAAGAAGUCAAAACCCUUAACCGCUGGUGUUGAAGCAACACCCGAAGUUAUAAGUGAUUCAAGCUCAACUACACCCGCUAGAACGACGAGUAGGAAAAGAAACAGAGAAAGCUCACAACCUGGGAUCCAGAAAUUGUACGAGACACCACAAAAAGUUCAAGAACUGGGCAAUCAGACAGACGAUAAGGGAAACGAAAGUCCAUCAUCGUUUAUCACUGGUACAGAAAUAUACACAGACCGAGAAGGUUGCAGUUACAAAAACAAGCUAGUCUGGCCGUUAAAAUACACAAACAGUGAAGCUCGGAGUAGUUCACAAAACCACGAACCAGUGAGUGUAGCAGAACUUGGAAAACACACAAAAGGACCAGUGUUUGGACAGAUUAUAAACAAAAGAGAAGCAAAACAAAAUAAUGAUAAUGAAAUGUGGAAUUUCCACUGUAUCGUUGGUAUGGGAGGAGAACUAGUUCAAAUGUGGUCUUUUGGUACUCAGAAAGAGAUACAGGAGAUAGAUGCUUCUAUAAUCGAAGACGAAUACUAUCUCUUUUGGGGCGAUUACUCAAUAAGGGAGAAAUACUCAACGCGGUUCAAGCACACAAACGAUUGGGCGAUAUAUCUAUCUAGUAAAUGCCGGAAGUUUGACAGGAUUAAAAAAUCUAGGAAGUAUGUUACAGAAGAAGGUUCAAAAUCUGAAGAGAGGGAAGUUUUUGCGGAGAAAUUUAAACCUGCUACAAAGAAAGGAAAAAAGGUUGGGAGGAAAACCGAACAUACGGCGAAGCUCAAGAAGAAAGAACUGGACCCUGGUCAAAGGAAGAUCACAGAGUUCGGAAGAACAGAAAGAAUUCCAUCAGAAUCUUCUUCAUCAUACUCAGAACGGAACACUACAGAGGUAGAAGAAUAUACUAGAGAUAGCAGAACAGAGGAAUCAACAUACAACAGUGAGUAAGCUCAGUUCUGAGAUUUUAAUGAUUUUUUAGAAAAAUAAACAAGAAACAACAAAAAAAACAUAAAAGGAAAAACUAAAGUGAGAUAACAGGGACUGAUGUUCUCACUUUAAAACAAAAAAAAUUUAAAAAGGUGACGGGUGUCAUAGUAAAUGGUUUUUUAAAAAAACAAUAUAUCUGUUAAUUUUAAAAUUAACAGAUUUAAUCGGAUUACACUGAAUUCGUGGUGAAAUCAUGAAAACAGAUUAAUAAAUAUAGAUAAUGUUUUUAAGAUCAAUAUAUAUUUGUUAAUUAAAUUUU